GGCAGCGCUGGAGAUCUCUAUGGCGACUCCAUGUUGGUGAUGUAUAAAUGAGGCACGCAUGUGCGUAAUGACGACAGUGGCCUGAGGAAGUGCGAAGCGAUCAUCGCUACUUUCAUGUGUGUGUAAGCUGUCUGCCCCAGCCUUAUGUUUUUGAUAUCUUUGGAGGAAUAAAGGACUUCAAUCAGUUAGAGUGUACUCAUAACUUCUAAUUUGGAGUCCACCGCCCAUCCGGUAUUGGGGUUUUUGCCCCAACACAUAUGAAUUAUUCAUGUUAUUUUGGAGGCUAGAGCACCGCAACACUGUAUGUACGUCCGAUCUGUUCUAUUUCUUAUAAGAAACGCAAUAGGAGAGCAGAGUUCUGGAGUAGUCUUAUUACUUUGACCAAUUCACUUUCAUUCAUCUCAGCCUCAAAACGUACGCAGCUGCUGCCACCUUGUGGUCUGAGCCUUCAACUGCAAGUCUUACAUCACCGGUCUAGUCUGAUAUGGCUUCCAACACAAUUCCUGCGUCUUAUCAGCACAACACCAGCACGGGCAGUGAGUGCUUGCCUGAUGAUGAUGAAGAGGAAGAAGAGGAACAGCUUGUCUUGGUGGAGUUGACAGGAAUCAUUGACUCAGACAUAUUAGAAAAAUGCAACAACAAGUGCAAAAUACUGGGGAUAAACACAGAAAAGCCAAUUUUGCAAGUUGACAAAUACGUGUUUGCAGGGCAGUAUGAAGAUGCUCUGGGCACAUGCGUGAUCUUUGAAGAGUCAACAGAUCAAGGAGAUGGAGAAAGUACAAAACCCAAACUGAAGUAUAAGUGUCAUACAGUAAAGAAACUGAAUAUGACCAGAACGUUUCUGACAGAAAAGAAAGAAGGUGAAGAAGGAGGGGGUAAGAUUGAAUGGUUCCAGAUUAAAGACGAUAGUUCUGCUGGCUGGCCACAGAUGAUAUGCAGCUUUGCCCAAGAAAAUGAGGACGCGGGCGAGUCACAAAGUGAAGAAGACGACCAUGGACAACUGGAUGUAUCUAAUGAGGAGACUGGACAGGCAGACCAGAGCUUUUAUUCAGAUGGAAAGCAACACUCUUCCGAUUUAGAGAAAGGACCUUCUGAGGGGAGAAUGCAUUUGGACCCUGAGGAAGUAGAAAGUAACAUAAAUAGGCUGAUACCUGCAGCAGAGCAAGAAGCCCGUUCAGCAGAGGAUGCUGGCUCUCCACGGCAAGAUGAGAUAAUCCACCAUGAUCAGAAGUCCUAAGCAGCCAUCAGAUGAUGAAGAACGAACAUUUUCUAAUUAUUUCCUGAACCUUAGAGAUUAUGGUCUAAGUUUUGUACUAUUAGCAAGCAUAAUAGUUGGAUCUGAUUAAUGGAAAGUCUGGAGUGACCCAGGGAAAAUGUAGGAACCUACAUAUGAAUAGAAUAAGUUUGUACAAGUAUUGUAUUUCUUAUUUUGUACUGAUUCAGAGCUGCAUUCACAAUUCUGCUGAUUGUUUAUUGGAAACGGUCAAUAAACUUGUUGGCAUACACAUCUCUAAAUGCUUAACUGAAUUUCAUUAAUGGAACAGGUUACUGUACAUUUCACAUUGUAAAGAUGACCGUUCUCGUAAGGUCAACCCUCCUGGAAUACCACUGGAGAAGACAACAGGCUGUAACUCGGGAUCAGUGCCAGAAAAGUCUGGCCGUUUAUUUCAGAUUCAUUCUAGUGUCCUAAGGCUGCGUUCACAUCUCUGUUGGAGAUGAUCCGGCAUAUUUGUCGGCUGUCAAGCAGAGAAAAAUAGAUGCAUGGAGCUGUACUUGUCCGGCCAAAACCUGGCAUUUGUGCCGGAUAGAUCUCCACCGGGUCCCAUUAUAGUCAACAG